AUGACUAAGCCACAGAUCAUCGUGGGGGGAAUGACACUGUCCGUGUCACUCCAUGCCGGCCUGCGGCCUCGGCACGAUGGUGAGAGGCCUGGGGAGGUGAUGGAUCCCGGCCGGCGCACAGCAGCGGCCUCGGCAGCACGGAGGAGGAAAGCUGAGGACUCCAGCGAGAGCCAUGAGGAGGAUCUCAUGAACGACGGGCAGGACAUGGAUGGCUGGUUUUCCAGAGGCCAACGUUCCAACCGAGUCACCACCCACCCCAGACUCAACCUGACCAAGGAACCUUUGCCCUGGAAUGAGCAGUAUAAAGGGAAGGCAAACUUGCACGUCUUCGAGGACUGGUGUGGUGGGGCCGUGAGGCACCUGAGGAAGAAUCUCCAUUUCCCGCUUUUUCCCCAUACCCGCACCACAGUGAAGAAGUUGGCUGUGUCACCCAAGUGGAAGAACUAUGGGCUGAGGAUUUUUGGCUACAUCCAUCCCUUCAAGGAUGGGGAUUUCCAGUUUUCUGUGGCAUCAGAUGACAACUCAGAGUUCUGGCUCAGCUCCGAUGACAGUCCGUCCAACUCCCGCCUGGUUGCUUCUGUGGGCAAGCUGGGCACUGAGUGGACAGCACCAGGAGAGUUCACCAAGUUCAGCUCCCAAGUCUCCAAGCCCUUACGCCUUAUGUCCUCCCGACGCUACUACUUCGAGCUGCUCCACAAGCAGGACGACAGGGGCUCGGACCACGUGGAGGUUGGAUGGCGAGUUUUCCUCCCCAGCUUGAAGUUCGAGGUGAUUGACUCCUCCUACAUCUCUCUGUACACAGAUGAGUCGUCCCUGAAGAUGAACCAUGUGGAGCACAUACCACAGACCUUGGCCAGCCACAGUGGGAGCCACCUCUGGGAGGCCCAGCAGGAUGAGCAUGGGGCUGACAUGCUGAAGGCUGACCCCAGGGACACCUUUUUUCUCACCCCUGCCAUCGAGGCCUCCCGAGUGGAGAACGUGCUGGUGCCCUGUGCCUACAGCCCCACCUACGUGGUGAAGGACUUCCCCAUCGCCCGCUACCAGGGCCUGCAGUUCGUCUACCUCUCGUUCGUGUACCCCAACGACUACACACGCCUCACUCACAUGGAGACAGAGAACAAGUGCUUCUACAGGGAGUCCCCCCUCUACCUGGAGAAGUUUGGAUUCUAUAAGUACAUGAAGAUGGAUGAGGAGGAGGAGGAGGAUCCGCGGCAGCGAGCGUUUCUCUUCCUCAGCCCAGACAGUGAGUCAGUGCCCCUGCUGGCCCCGGGGUGGCUGGGCAUGCUGCCCUCCGGGAUCCCCACGGCCAGGAGGACCCUGUGCCGGAGCAGGGCCCAGGCCGGGCACUCCGCUGGCUGCCGCAGGAGCCUGGCGAGGCUGAGGAGGAUGAAUUGGGGCUGCUGGCAUCCCCCAAGCACGGGCCCGGGGCAGCCCCACCUCUCUGUGCCUAUUUUCGGUGGCCAAGCCAAAACACCAAGUCCCAGUAAGCCAACAGACCCCAGUGAGGACAAGAAGCCCCGGAAAACCCAGGAGAAGGUGUACGUGACCCGGCUGCAGCCUGGGAAGCGCAGGGCCCCAGCCCAGGAGCCAGCCUUUCCUGGCAUCUUCCUGUACCCAAAGCCUCUGAAGAGAGUCCACCUCCACUCCAGGGCCCCUCAGAAGCAUCCAAUUUCCCCCAGCAAGCUCCGAGCUGUCCCUGGCCACCGGAGCCCCUGGCUCCUGCACAGCAUCUCCAAGGAGAGGGACCCUACCAGGCGGAAGGGUGGCAGGAGGUGGGCUCGGCCACCUAAGCAGCAGACACUGCCCAGCCUGCUUGCUCUGGGGACUGAGGGGCUCUUCAGCCAAGAGACCCAUGAGGACACAACCACUGCCCCAGGCAGGACAGCAGCUACCACUGAUUACAACUCCUCCGAGGCCACCCACUCGGAGGGGACACGGGUGACAUCCUUUCUGAAGAUGUCAGAAACUACAGCAUCACAGCAGGAGGAGGGCAAGGGCCAGGAGGAGGAGGAGGAGGAGGAAGAGGAGGUGUCAGAUUACUCCUACGAAGCAGGGGAGCUGCAGCAGGGCUGGCUGGAGGACUCCAUCAACUGGCAGCGGACGUUCAGCGUCAGCUCGGUGGACUUCGAGCUGCUGCGCUCUGACUGGAACGACCUGCGCUGCAAUGUGUCAGGCAACCUGCAGCUGAGUGAGAGCGAGGUGGUGGACGUGGUGGCACAGUACAUGGAGAGGCUGAACGAGAAGAAUGGAGGCAUCUACACCCUCCUGAGGAUCAUCAAUGUGGAGAAGCGCCGGGACACAGCACGAGGGAACCGGUACCUGCUGGAGUUGGAGCUGGCAGAGCGUGGCCAGCGCACGGUGCGUCUCUCUGAGUAUGUCUAUGUCCUCCUGCACCAGGGCAAGCAGGAUGACAGUGCUGAGGCCAACCCUGAGGGGCUGGCCCUGGGGGCAACUGAGCCCCAACCCAGUGCCUGGAGCAUCCUCUAUGGAAAACCCAUCCUGUGCCGGCCUCUGCGGCUCAGCUGGAGACAGGACGUCAUGGUGCACUUUGUGGUGCCAGUGAAGAACCAAGCUCGCUGGGUGCAGCAGUUCAUCUCGGACAUGGCCGACCUCUACGGGGCUACAAAGGAUGCCAACUUCAAUGUCAUCCUGGUGGACUUUGACAGUGAGGACAUGGAUGUGGAGAAAGCCCUGCAGGAUGCACGGCUGCCCCGAUACCAGUACCUGCGGCGCACAGGGAACUUCGAGCGCUCGGCCGGGCUGCAGGCCGGCGUGGACGUCGUGGAGGACGAGCACAGCAUUGUGUUCCUCUGCGACCUGCACAUCCAUUUCCCUCCCGACAUCCUGGACAGCAUCCGGAAGCACUGCGUGGAGGGCAAACUGGCCUAUGCGCCCAUCGUCAUGCGGCUCAGCUGCGGCAGCUCACCCCGGGAGCCCAAUGGCUACUGGGAGGUGAAUGGCUUCGGCCUCUUCGGCAUCUACAAGUCAGACUUCGACCGCGUGGGAGGGAUGAACACGGAGGAGUUCCGGGACCGCUGGGGUGGGGAGGACUGGGAGCUCCUGGACAGGGUGCUCCAGAGCGGGCUGGAGGUGGAGCGCUUGCGCCUCAGGAACUUUUACCACUACUACCACUCGAAGCGCGGCAUGUGGAACGCUCGCAGCAAGAAGCCUCCAAGGAGAUCUGCCAGGAAGGGACCAUUCCAGCAGACG